CAGCCUUUCUCAACCAUGACUAGAUACAGCCUUAAUGAUAUGCCUGUCACCGUUCUCCACAGCGUCCUUGCUUUUCUGUGCCAGGACAUAUUCCAUGAGCACGCGCUUCUCGACGAUUACUACAAGGCCAUGGAUAUCGCCACCGUGUGCCGCCUCUGGGGAGCUCUUAUGCCAUCGUUCGUUUAUCACUAUAUCUUUGUCGAGCGGAAGAUCGUGUCCUCCUACUCUUGGCUAUGUGACAGGGUGAUUGAGAAGGUGGUGUGGUUUUCCAAUGUCAGCUCCAUUCAGUACCAACACAAGUCACACCUGGCAACUGGCCUGCGCGUUGUCAUGAACGACGACUAUAUUGGUCCGCUCCAGCUGCCACGCGCACUCAACACUUUCAGACUCACAUCACCUCUCUGGACUGGUUUUAGGGCACUCCAAUUCUUUGGCAGAGGUAUCCUCAGAUCUGGAACUGAUAUCCGUACGCCAGACAUGAUGGCCGAUGCAGCGGGAUUUUGUGAUUUUAUGCAGUUCAACUACAGAAGCCUAGAGUCAAUCAUUCUGCAUCCCACUAUCCUCUCGCUCCGUUCUGAUGUUUCUGAUACCUUCGGCGCCCUUGCUACACCCCAAUCAUUCAACUAUACGAUCUCUCCGCGCUAUUCACUUCUCCUACGGCUAUAUGUUCAGUCAUUAUCAUCGUUACAGUGUUACUUUCCGGUAUCAGUGACUCUUCAUGAGCCAAUAACAGUCAAUCUAGCUACACUAGAGCUUGACUUGGACAGCUUUAGACGACUGGAACAUAUAACAAUACCUGAUACCGCCACUUUGGAAACGAUCAAUCUCAUCAACAUUCCAGGAGAUAUUCCACUAAUCGGUUUUCAAUCCCAACACACUGUGCUUCCAGCGUUCCCGAACUUGAGGGUUCUCCAGCUUGGGUUUAAAAAGAUGCUAGAUCCCCCAGAGCAAAACCCGAUGCAACUUGGUCGAUUUAUACGCACAUACCCGAAGCUAUCAAAACUGGCAAUUAAGCAGUCUACUGGUGUUUACCAAGAUUUGUAUUCCUCAUUCCGUGACGCACCACUGAGACUGCUGCAGAUAAACGAGAAUCACCGUACACUUGCGCAUAUCAGCACAGAGAUUAUCCGCAACAUCGACUGUUUACACCUAGAAACAAUUAGACCUGGCGAAGGCCACUGGUGGGACGAUCCUGCAGACUUUGUAACACGCUUCUAUUUGGCAGAGUCAACCGUACGUCGUGCUGCUCUGGGGUUAGCUGUACCGUUCCCUACAAAUAUCAAUUGGCACGACCUGGUGUGUCUUUCACUAUCUACUGACAUGGCAACCGUGACCCGUAUCGUUCAUCUGCUGGAGCAACUGCCAGUUCUGAAGUAUCUCCGGAUCACAUGCAUGACCAUGGAUCCACAUGAUCCUGACGCGUAUUAUUGGGGAACAAACGACCGACAGGCCGAUAUCCGAACCGCCACUGAACUAACUGUUGUCGACUCUGUUCGCUUGGACGAUCCACCAAACACACGAGGUAUCGAGCCUAUCAAUCACAAUCUACAGGUUCUCGCUAUUUUUACUCCGGGCUACUUUGAUGGGGAAUCUCUUUCGAAGCUACCGCUUUUUCUGCCAUUGCUUCAGAUGCUAGCUGUAGACGAUGAAUAUGUGGAUGCAGUUAGAAGAAAUGUGGGUAAAAUCAACCUAGGAGUCUUAGUAUGCCCUAUUGAUUAUAGCUUUCAGUAUUUUGUUAUUAAAUAGCUAUUGGGUUAUAAUAUUAUGUGCUUAGGGCGUAUCUUGCGUAGACGGUUUAUUGUAAGCUGUUUAUGGCACGAAAUAUAUAUAUAUAUAGCACUUCUAAAAAUA